CAGGGGUGCCGGGCCGUCUCCGGGGCGGGGACCCAGGCGUGGAAGGCGCUCAAGUUGCGCGGCCCUCGGCGCGCUGUUGGGGGCGCCCUCCGCGGCGGGCAGCUCGCCAGGGACCGGCCUCCGCAGCCCGCCGGGCGCGCUAAGGCUGCACUUUCCCUUCGCCAACACCACCCCCCCACCCCUCACCGGUUUCCUCCCGCGGGGCGGCAGCGGAGAUUUCCUCUCGGGGAAACUACGCGGAUCCUUCCCGGGGCUCCUCGCCCCGCCCCACUUCUCCGCCCCCUCCCCUUUGCUGGGGAGCCGGUACCGGCCUGCGCCGGGAAGAGGCUCUGGCAGCCUGAGCGGGAGGUGGCGGGGGGCCACGGAGCCGCUGGCCACUGACUCGCUUCGCCAUGUGACGCUGCCCUCCGCCCAGGGACCCCCAUCGAGCCCCCGGCCCGCGCCCGCGCUGGAUCGCGCCGGGCACCAUGCUUCUGCCGGGCCAUGCGCGCCCGCCGCCCGCGCCGCAGCCCGCGCAGCAUCCUGGACUCCGCAGGCAGGUAGAGCCUCCUGGGCAGCUCCUGCGCCUCUUCUACUGCACUGUCCUGGUCUGUUCCAAAGAGAUCUCAGCGCUCACGGACUUCUCUGAAAGCUGCGAGGAAUGGACAUUCCCUGACGGUAUCGGCCCUUCCGUGGGCUGUGGGGAGGAGUGGAUUUGCCGGGAUCACAGAAGUCUGCGAACCACAGGGAGAAGUGGUUACCUAACCAAACUCCUGCAGAACCACACCGCCUAUGCCUGCGAUGGGGACCAUUUGAAUCUACAGUGCCCUCGGCAUUCUACGAUAAGUGUCCAGUCGGCCUUCUAUGGGCAAGAUUACCAAAUGUGUAGCACCCAGCAGCCUGCCUCCCAGAGGGAAGACAGCUUAACCUGCGUGGCACCCACAACACUGCAGAAGGUGCUGGAUGAAUGCCAGAACCAGCGUGCCUGCCAUCUCCUGGUCAAUAGCCGUGUUUUUGGACCUGACCUUUGUCCAGGAAGCAGUAAAUACCUCCUGGUCUCCUUUAAAUGCCAGCCUAAUGAACUAAAAAACAAAACCGUGUGUGAAAACCAAGAGCUGAAGCUGCACUGUCACCCAUCGAAGUUUCUCAACAUCUACUCUGCGAGCUACGGCAGGAGGACCCAGGAGCCAGACAUCUGUUUCUCAGAAGCAGAGCGGCUCCCCCCUUUUGACUGUCUGUCUUACUCAGCUUUGCAAGUGUUAUCCAGGAGGUGCUAUGGGAAGCAGAGAUGCAAAAUCAUCGCCAACAAUCACCAUUUCGGGAGCCCGUGUCUGCCAGGAGUGCAAAAAUACCUCUCCGUCACCUAUGCCUGUGUUCCCAAGAACAUACUCACCGCGAUCGAUCCAGCCGUUGCUAAUCUGAAACCUUCUUUGAAGCAGAAAGACGGUGAAUAUGGUAUAAACUUUGACCCAAGCGAAACGAGGGUUCUGAGAAAAAAAGACGGAGUUAUUGUUAGCAACUCUCUGGCUGCCUUUGCCUACAUCAGAGCCCACCCAGAGAGAGCAGCCCUGCUGUUCGUGUCCAGUGUCUGCAUCGGUCUUGCACUCACAUUGUGCGCCCUGGUCAUCAGGGUGUCCUGCACCAAGGACUUCAGGGAGCUGCAGCUGGUGAAGGAGCACCUCGUGCCAGGAAGUGACAAGGCUGAGGAAGACAGUGAGGAUGAAGAGGGGGAGGAGGACUCUUCAGACUCUGAUUUCCCAGGGGAACCGUCUGGGUUUUGUAGGACUGCGUAUCCUGUCUACAGUUCCAUAGAAGCUGCAGAGCUGGCCGAAAGGAUUGAGCGCAGGGAGCAAAUCAUCCAGGAAAUAUGGAUGAACAGUGGUUUGGACACCUCACUCCCGAGAAAUAUGAGCCAGUUCUACUGAAAAAGAGACACAUCUUAUGCGAUCACACUUUCUGAAGAGGGAAGGAUCCAAAAUGCCCCUCCGGUUCUAUUUCACUCGUACCUUCCAUGAAGGAGUAUUUGUUAUGUCAUCCAAUACCGGUGAAGCGAGAAGCUGUUAAAGGGACCUUUCAAACUGUUUACAGCACAUUCAAAAUAAAUUAGGAGGGAAGUC